AUGCCAUUCGGCCUGUGUGACGCGGCACAACGGAUGUGCCGCCUAAUGGAUAAGGUUGUCCCAUCAGCACUACGUGAGCAGGUGUUUGUUUACCUCGAUGACCUACUGAACUACGCUCAGACUGCCUCCCCGCAUAAGGACUGCCUUAAGAAAGAUCGCGUCAAGAAAUUCGAGCUAUCCGAAGCGGCCGUCCAGGCCUUUGAGUCGCUGAAAACCGACAUGGCAGCAGCACCUGUACUUGUCACUACAGAUUUCAAGAAACCAUUCAUCAUUCAAUGUGACGCCUCCACCACUGGCGCCUUCGACUUCACAAUCGAACAUCGUCGGGGGUCCCUGAACGUGGUUCCAGAUGCACUAUCGAGGGUUCAUAUGGAUGCAAUACAAAAAGUUCAGGUCACCGCGCCAGACCUACACAUCGAGCUAAAAUCCCCUUUCUUCCAAGCCCCAGAAUAUCUGGCACUAAAAGAGGCUGCCGAAGCCAACGCCGAUAAAUGCCCAGACAUUCAGACCUUCGAAGAGUAUGUUUACAAACGAAUCGGUUUUUGCCAAAAUGACGCCAUCAACAACGACCGAGCGUGGAAGCUCUGGGUGCCCGCCGAAUUACGAUCACAGCUAACCUGGAGAGCACAUCAUGCCAUGACAGCAGCACACGGGGGUUUACACAAAUCCUUAGCUAAACUGCGACAGUUUUACUACUGGCCUGGAAUGUCGGCGGAUGUUCAAGAACUAGUGAAGGUUUGCGAAGUGUGUAAGGUCAGCAAAACAGCCAUCAAAAUAAAACGCCCACCCAUGGGAGAGCAGCGUGUGACGGAACGGGCAGGCCAGAGACUUUUUAUAGACUUCAUGGGACCAUACCCCCGAACUAAAGCAGGAAACUCCGUCAUUUUCGUGUGCCUUGACCAUUUUUCAAAAUUCGUAAGGCUGCACCCUAUGAAACAGGCAGUAGCCACCGAAGUGGUCAAAUUUCUCGAGGUAAACAUUUUUCAUCAGUUCGAUGUGCCCGAGGUUAUUCACUCCGACAACGGAAAACAGUUUGUUUCGCAAACAUUUGCUGACCUCAUGGAUCGUUACGGCAUUAAUCAUAUAAGAACCGGGCUGUAUUCCCCGCAGGCCAACGCCGCUGAAAGGGAAAUAGUAGAUAUAGGGCGCAGGAACGUACUGGCCAACGUACUAGAACUGGUGGAAACUCCUCCGCAGUCUGCAGACACAGCGUGUCGGCAUGACCGGAGUGAUCCUCUUGUGUAUCGUCAGGUCUCGUAG